CUCCGAUAAGUUUGUGUUAAGAUGGCGGCGGAAGCGUCCGGACAGCUGCGCGGUUGAGCUGGCCGGGAGGUGACGGUGGCGCAGCGGCAUCAUGGAGCGCUUUGUCCGGAUACUGGUCAGGCACCUGUAGCGUCACCAUGGACACGGAACAGCGGAAGGAGACCCGCUGUGGUGUGACUGGAGGAGCCAUAGCGGAGAAUGGCGUCAUGAAAGACCUGACUGUCCCUGCACUGCCCAAGUCUGACCUCCAGGAUCACACCAACAACCACUGCCAUGAACACAGCGCCGCCUCAUGCAGCGAAUUCAUCCUGCCCAGUUUCAUGCCGUCAUGCUCUUCAACCCCCAUCUACUACAGCAGCCCCCAGAAAAACUGUGCGGACCUGGACCUGGACCAGGACAGCAACAGCUUGACUUCUCAGGACUCAGGCAUUCCAACCUUGGAGAUCAACCAGCCAGAGACCAACCUCCAAGGCCACCAAAGGCCAGGGAGCGAUGGCCCCAUCCUCGUCUCUAAUCAUGACUCUCCUGCUACUUUACCACUGGAUGGUCCUUCUGACUGCAACAUCUACAGGUCCUCCACCUUCCCCCGCAGUAGCUAUGACUCCAUCCGCCUCUUCAGCCCUGUUCUCAGAUUGUCUGCCCCCAUGGGAUUAGGGGCAACGUCUUGCACCUUGAACCGCAGUGAUGAUAUCUCUGUGUGCAGUGUGUCCAGCAUGAGCACUGACCUAUCGGUCUCCAAUGAGGACAUCUUGGAUUUUACAGUUACUUCAGACUCGAGUGCCAUCGUUACCUUGGAGAACGAUGAUUGUGGCGGUACUCACUUUUCAGACGUGACACUGUCAUCGUCACCGCCAGGAAACUCUGCAAGUCUUACACAGCCGUGUACUGGUUCUGGUGAAGUGCAACAUGGAGAAGAUGGCAGGCAAAAGCGCCUUGGACCACUAGCCAUCUUAUUCAACAGGAGCUUGUUUGCUAAGCGGGUGAAAGACAUUCGGCCGGUGGAACAGAGGGAUCCAGGGUGGAAGCUGUUUGGGAAAGUCCCACCACGGGAAGCCACCAUCAAGGAUCCCAAGAGAAUACAGAAGGAAUAUGAAACAAAGAGUGGCAGAGCUGGACCUGGCAACCCAACGUCUCCCAGGCAGAUUGUGAGGAAAAACUUGGAUUUUGAGCCCCUUUCCACCACAGCACUUAUACUGGAGGACAGACCUGCAAAUUUGCCUGCCAAGCCAGCUGAGGAAGCACAGAAACACAGACAGCAGUAUGAAGAGAUGGUGUCCCAAGCCAAGAAGAGAGAGUUGAAGGAGGCUCAGAAGAGAAAGAAGCAACUUGAGGACCGAUGUAAGCUUGAGGAGAGCAUUGGCACAGCCGCCCAAACCUGGAACCAGGAGAUCCUGCCGAACUGGAGUACAAUGUGCACUUCUCGACGAGUGAGAGAUCUGUGGUGGCAGGGAAUCCCACCCAGUGUCCGAGGCAAAGUUUGGAGUCUGGCUGUCGGCAAUGAACUCAACAUCACUCACGAGCUGUAUAACAUCUGCCUGUCACGAGCCAGAGAGAAGUGGAACACCACACCAGUGCCUGCGUGUGAGACUGAAGCCGAAGAUGCCGGCUCCUCGAAUCGAGAGUCGAGCCUGGAGCUGAUCAAGCUGGACAUCUCAAGAACCUUCCCCCAGCUUUGCAUCUUCCAGCAGGGUGGACCCUACCAUGAUGUCCUGCACAGCAUACUGGGAGCCUAUACGUGUUACCGACCAGAUGUUGGCUAUGUGCAGGGAAUGUCAUUCAUUGCUGCGGUGCUGAUUCUAAACCUGGACACAGCCGACGCCUUCAUCGCUUUUGCCAAUCUGCUCAACAAGCCCUGUCAGAUGGCCUUCUUCAGAGUCGACCACAGCCUUAUGCUGACAUACUUUGCAGCAUUUGAAGUGUUCUUUGAAGAAACUACCAAGCUGUUUGCACAUUUCAAGAAAAACAACUACCCAGAUAUUUAUUUAAUCGACUGGAUCUUCACUCUGUACAGUAAAUCAUUACCCUUGGACCUGGCGUGUCGAGUGUGGGACGUGUUCUGCAGAGAUGGCGAAGAGUUUCUGUUCCGCACGGCGCUAGGCGUGCUUCAGCUCUACCAGGACGUCUUAACCAGCAUGGACUUCAUUCACAUGGCUCAGUUCCUCACCCGCCUGCCUGACCUCAUCCCUGCCGAGCAGCUUUUUCAGCACAUCGCCUCCAUUCACAUGACCAGCGCAAUCGAAAGUGGGCACAGGUUCUCCAGGCCUUACAGAAAGAUCAGGAGCGAGGCAGCCGGUACUGAAAGCAGUGAACUUUGGUCCGAUUCUGAUCAGAGAUCAUGGCACAACUCGGUCCAGCCAUCAACCACGUUCCCGUUCAGUGUUCUGGAAAAACUGAACUCUUACCAGGCUGUCAGGUUGCCGGAACACUGCAGCAGGCGUAGACCUGAUCUUGAUGUGAAGGAGAUCUUUGAACCUGGUCGAGGUGGUUGUUAGGUUGACUUUCACUGAUUUGAAUGCAGUCUGGACCACAGAGGGGGACGACACUUGACGGAUCGGGCACAGGUGUGAAAGAUUAAGAGGCCUUAUUAACCUCCACCUUCUGUGUGCCGAGGCUCAGCAGUGGACUACAAAAUGUAGCUCACAGAGGCUGAAGAAUGUAUCGCGUGCACACUGCCCAGACUGAUUCAGGGCACCACACACCUGAGGAAUCCACGCGAUACCGGAUACUCACGUCAAUCGCCCAUUCAGCUUUUAAUGUCCUUUUAUUACCAUCACUUCACUUAACAGCUGCUUUCAUUCCUCAGCAUGAGAAUUCCCCCUGGAUCUAUGGAUGCCCAAGUCUGUGGCACACUUUCCAUGAUGGAUGGGCCUUGUAGCAUAUUCUGGAGCAGGAUGAGGUUCAAAAUAACAGUUAAAUAUUGGCCAAACCUCUACUGCAAUGUCCUCCUGAAACUUAGACUUUGGCUAAUAAUCUCCCACAUUUCUGCAUUUGUUCAUCUACUGUAAUUUUGAUUGGUUGCCAUAUUUACAUUUUGGCCGAUGGUGACCUCCUUUCCGAUAGCCAGACUUGGCUUUUUACUAAUCGUCUACUAUAUUUGCAUUGGGUCAACAUAGUUAGAAUUGGCCAAUCAUGAUGUCAUCUCCAUGGUCAUGCUCAGAUUUUGGCUAAUUGUCUAUUAUAUUUGUACCGCAGUUCUUUGUGUACUGUAUUUUUAUUGGUGGUCAGUUGGAUUUUGGUCAGUGGUGAUGUUUCCAGUGGCCCCUCUUAGAUUUCAGAUGAUCUUCUCUCUGAUUUUUUCUUCUACUGUAUUUUUAUUGGUAGACAUUGCUAGAAUUUGGCCAGUCGUGAUGUCUUCUCAAAUGAUCACACUUAGAUGGGGGGUUGUGGAAGAUGAUUAGCUAAAAUCUCAAUGUGUGAAGUCGACCAGUUAAAAAGCUUCCAUCCAGCAGCAGAAUAUGCUACAAGGAUUUGUCUCAUUGGUUGCUGUAAUUGUGACAAGACGCCCAUCUCAUGCAAACUUGGAUAAAUUUUGGAUCUGUUGGCAAUUCUCAUGACUGGUUUCUGUGUGUUUUGACAUUUUGCUCUCAAUUUUCCUACAUUUAGGUCAGAAAUGUGGUUCGCCAAGAAUAAUCAAAGCACUGGCACAGACAUUGCCUAGUGUUGAUGAUAUGCUACAGUCUAGACUCUCUCCAAACAUCCUUGAACCAUUUUUUUUUAUUUAUCAACGCUACCGUGGAAAUAUGUGGUAAAUAUGUCAAUUAUGCACUUUUUCCUCUUCCUUCUUACUUCCUUCACUGUAUUUCUUCAUGUGUGCCGAGUUGAGUUUUAAUGGUUUCUGUUUUCUUUCACUAAUCUAACAAAGAAACAGU